GCUUCCCGUAGUAUAUAGUGCUGACGUCCUGGGACAUGUUCGAUUGUUCCUUCUCUCUCUCGUCAACUAACUUCGUAGCAUUGUCCCUUGUAAACAUCAAGAAUGCUCAAGCUUCUGCUAACGGCGGCUCUUGCUGCUGUAAGUGUUUGCUACACGACACCCAAUGCGACCAACUCCAGCACCACGUUCACGAAUCCGAUCCUUGACACCGUAGGCGCUGAUCCUUGGGUCUUCCGCUACGAUGACUACUACUACAUGACCUACACCAACAAUGAUAACAUCACCCUUCAGCGCAGCAAGGUGCUCACUGACUGGAAUAAUGCCGAGUCCAAGCUGCUCUUCAAGCCACCUCCAGGCAUGAAUUACUCCACGGACCUGUGGGCACCCGAACUCCACAACCUCAACGGCAGUUGGUACAUCGUCUUCACUGCGGACCCCCGUAAUGAUUCUCCGCCGCCCGAGACAGAAAUGUGGUGUGAGUACAACUGCCCGGCUGUCAAUCAUCGCAUGUACGUAGUUGAGGGCGUUGGUCCCAAUCCAUGGACUGCCUCCUAUACCUACAAAGGCGAGCUCGACACGUACAACCAAUUUGCCAUCGAUGGGACCUACUUCCAACACAACGAUCAGCUGUACCACAUUUACUCGUGUUGGUAUCGCCAGUAUGAUGGGUGGCCAGCCAAUCUUUGUAUCACCAAGCUGUCCAACCCUUGGACCGUCUCCUCGCCCUUCGCAGAACGUCAAAUCAUCUCCGUGCCCGAGUAUGCCUGGGAGAAGACGCCGUUCGGCCGCGCAAGCAACGACCGUCUGUCGUCCAAUGAGGGACCACAACAACUCGUCAACCCGGAGACGCAGCAGAACUUCCUCAUUUACAGCGCCGCCCGUUCAGACAAUCGCAACUACUGCCUUGCGCAAUUGGAGCUUGUUGGCGACGAUCCCAUGAACCCAGGCGAUUGGCGUAAGCAUCCGUACCCUGUCUUCUACCAAAACCCAGGCGCGGAGGCAUACGGUGUCGGACACGCGAGUUUUACCACUAGUCCAGAUGGCAAGGAGGAUUGGAUUGUCUACCAUGGUAUGCGGGAUCCCACGAACGGCUGGGGCGCGAGGACGAUUCGCGCGCAGAAGUUUACGUGGAAGGAGGAUGGAUCACCGAACUUCCCUAGGCCUGGUUAUGGGCCAUAUCAGGUUCCUGGUGGACAGUAGACGGUCGCAUGUGUGGUUUGGGCGUCUGAGGGCCUCCGGGCUUCGGUGUAAGGAGUGAGGAUUGGAGGCCGCUGCAUCCGAAUUGUCCUGCAACACGAGAGAAUACCAAGUAGGUGGUACAUAUUAG